AUAUAUAUGUCGGAUCAUAAUAUUGUAAUGUACAGAGUUUAUUAAUUAUUCCUUUCUUGAUUUUUAUUUAAGAAGCUUUAGUUUAGUUCUAAAUAAUCUCUUACUGAUUGUGUAACGAAAAUAAUUAUUUACAAUGUCUUUUUAUAAGAUUCCCUAGUUGUUUUUAAGUAAAGUUAUUCCACGAAAUUGUCAUGAUACCUGAGGUAUCACGACAUAACAUUUUCCUUGUUUACAAUAUUAAUAAUGUUGAGUAAUUUAACAGAUUUUUCUUUCUAAAUAACCUGUGUGAUUUUAAUUAAAGGAAUUUGUUAUUUUUACUUACCUUACUUGUGAUGUUUUCAUAAUAAUUGCUACUUUGUUUAAAUUAAGUGAACACGUGGCGCCCCCAAGCGUCAGCGGACAGAGUUGCACGGAAUGAAUGCAAGUGGGGGCUCUGCUAUAAAUAGCCCACACGGCUGCUGGAAAAGGCAGUCUCGUUUCUGACUUGACUCAAGAGCGUUCUGCUUGCAUUCUGCUCCCGGCAAAACUGUCGGUCCACUCUUGGUCUUAGUACCUACCUAUGCUGACUUGUACCUAGUCAAUAAACUUCGUACCACAUAUCUUAAGUGACUUGAUUUCGAUCGAGUGCUUAGCACACUUUUAUAUUGCCAUUUUCUUGCUUUUGAUUAUUUCUUUAUUGCUGUGUAAAUUCUACUGACCUUUAAGUUGCUCGAUUAUUUAUAAUCGAGCACUUAGCACACUGUUACUCUGCCCGAUUUCUUAUUGCUUUAUUACUGUGUAUCUGAUGAUUGAUUAUUGUUAUUUCUGUGUGUAAAUUACUUUAUCUCCAUUUAUUAUUGAAUAAACUGAUGUAACCGAUACAUAAUAACCCUUUUAAUCCUGAAAAUGGAUAACCCGCCUCCUGAUGACGCCCACGAUCCUACAUCAGAAGUGGGAUCGGUUCGGGCUGAAUCGCGGACUGAGGACCUAUGGCGAUUAAUGUUUGAGCAGCAAACCCGUAAUAUGAAACAAUUAAUAGAAGCUAUUAAAGGGCCCUCAAUUUCAUCUGCGAUUUCUAUGCCUGAAUACAACCCUGAUACACCUGAUUCUGACGCUCGUGCCUGGAGCAAUACUGUUGAUCUCAUCUUAUCAGAGCAACCGCUCCAAGGUGCUCCUCUGAUUAUUGCCCUCAGUAAAGCCUUGAAAGGGAGUGCAUCUUCAUGGCUUUCGCAGAUCUCAUAUUCUGGCAUGACGUGGCCUGAUUUUCAAAGUAUUUUCCUUUGUCGUUUCGAUCUAAAAGAAACUAGUGCAGCCACCAUUAUCAAACUAACAAACACCCAACCAAAAGAUGGAGAAGCUUUAGCAGCCUAUGCAAGUCGCUUAGUCUCCUCUUUAAUCACCAAGUGGAAUGGCCUAACUACUGAACAAAUAGCCGUUGCUAGUGUUCUCGCACACGUGUCAAAGUUUGAUUCCCGUGUUCAUCAUCUUGCUCACACCACCGACGUAACUUCUAGGACGAAGUUACAGCAAGAAUUAAAUGUUUUCACGCAAUUAAAGCGAAAAUUUUCGUCCACUGAAAAUACUGACGCUUCAGAACCAAAACGUUCUAAACUACCUACCCCAGUUUGCCACUACUGUGGUAUUGUUGGUCACAAAGCUAACAUGUGUCGUAAAAGGGCCGCACAACUAAAAUCGACUUCUUCAUCCAGCUCAUCUACGAAACCUUGGACCAAACCAACGGAUGUCGUCUGCUACCGAUGUGGACAGUCUGGACACAUCGCACCAAGCUGUCCGAACGCAGCUGGACCAAGCAAUGGCACAACUGGACCUGCCGGGACCCGAGGGGCUGGCUCGAGAAGUGGACCUGCAGUAGAGCGCCGAGUCGAAUCUUGCGAGGUUCAACCCAUCACCGGCGUGAUGAAACAAUCUAAUCAACACGAGGACGUGUGAUUGUCAGUUCUGGCCGUGUCGGAUCAUAAUAUUGUAAUGUACAGAGUUUAUUAAUUAUUCCUUUCUUGAUUUUUAUUUAAGAAGCUUUAGUUUAGUUCUAAAUAAUCUCUUACUGAUUGUGUAACGAAAAUAAUUAUUUACAAUGUCUUUUUAUAAGAUUCCCUAGUUGUUUUUAAGUAAAGUUAUUCCACGAAAUUGUCAUGAUACCUGAGGUAUCACGACAUAACAUUUUCCUUGUUUACAAUAUUAAUAAUGUUGAGUAAUUUAACAGAUUUUUCUUUCUAAAUAACCUGUGUGAUUUUAAUUAAAGGAAUUUGUUAUUUUUACUUACCUUACUUGUGAUGUUUUCAUAAUAAUUGCUACUUUGUUUAAAUUAAGUGAACACGUGGCGCCCCCAAGCGUCAGCGGACAGAGUUGCACGGAAUGAAUGCAAGUGGGGGCUCUGCUAUAAAUAGCCCACACGGCUGCUGGAAAAGGCAGUCUCGUUUCUGACUUGACUCAAGAGCGUUCUGCUUGCAUUCUGCUCCCGGCAAAACUGUCGGUCCACUCUUGGUCUUAGUACCUACCUAUGCUGACUUGUACCUAGUCAAUAAACUUCGUACCACAUAUCUUAAGUGACUUGAUUUCGAUCGAGUGCUUAGCACACUUUUAUAUUGCCAUUUUCUUGCUUUUGAUUAUUUCUUUAUUGCUGUGUAAAUUCUACUGACCUUUAAGUUGCUCGAUUAUUUAUAAUCGAGCACUUAGCACACUGUUACUCUGCCCGAUUUCUUAUUGCUUUAUUACUGUGUAUCUGAUGAUUGAUUAUUGUUAUUUCUGUGUGUAAAUUACUUUAUCUCCAUUUAUUAUUGAAUAAACUGAUGUAACCGAUA